UUCUCCAUUCACCCUCCUCCUUCCACAGUCUGAGCACACACAUAUACAACCACCCGCAGUUAGUUUGACUGCCAUCGGCUUGGUGCACCACGGUUCCGUUUCUUUUUCCUAGUGUAAAACAGCUGUAAAUGACAGUGCGGCACUGCAUUGGAGGCUCUGACUUAAAAGGGUUCAUACAUUUACACCUGGAUACGGUUGCUCUCAGGACGACAGGGUGGAGACAUCAGGACUGAGUCAGGUAGUUAGCCAGUUUAGCUAACUAGCUAACGAUAGCUAGUAUAUUUGGAGUAGUCGAGAAAUGGCUAGCUAGCUAUAUUUUCUUUAGCUGGCUAGCUACAGUAGCUACGUAUCCAACUGCCCAGCUGUUUACGCAGCUAACUAGUAGCUGGGUGAAAUUGGUUGCACAUCAUUAGCAAGCUGCUUAGAUUGAUGCAUCGCUAUUAGCUAGCUAACUAUGAUUGCAUAGACAAAAGAAUCGAGAUACAAUAACGGGUUUGCAUUGCCAAGUAGUGGAAAGGCACAUUUUUUCAUGCACGCUUCCAAAUCUACCUAGUUAACGUUAGUAACCUUAACGUUACCAACUAGCUAUCUAACGUUAGCUAGUUUACAGGUACAUUAUUUUACAUUAUUGAUUUGAUUAAUUUCAUUUUUACCUUUAUUUAACUAGGCAAGUCAGUUAAGAACAAAUUCUUAUUUUCAAUGACGGCCUAGGAACAGUGGGUUAACUGCCUUGUUCAAGAACAGAACGACAGAUUUGUACCUUGUCAGCUCGGGGAUUCGAUCUUGCAACCUUUCGGUUACAACGCUCCAACCACUAGGCUGCCAGCCGCUAGCUAUUUAGCUAGCUAUGUAGUUUUUUGCACAACAUUAAAUCACCCACAUAAAAUCGUGUAUUUACGAUAGCUUAGCAAGCUAGUAACUGGCAGUGCGUUGUCACUGUGGCCGUUUAAUUUGUGCACAGAUUGUCGUUUUAAUCAAUACCUCUUCACUGAUGUCAAAACAAUGUCUCAUUUUAAGACGUAUAGGCACCUAUAGGGUCGACCUCUACUGUUUCAAGUGGAUUCGGACUUGACACAAGCCUGUCCUGUUCUGAGAGGGGAGAGAAGCAGGUGACAUGACUGGAGCUGGGGCUGAGGAUGACAUCCCAUUGGGUGAAAGGAAGACGGUCACAGACUUCUGCUACCUGCUGGACAAGUCCAAACAACUCUUCAAUGGUCUAAGAGAUCUUCCUCAGUACGGACACAAGCAGUGGCAGUCCUACUUCGGCCGCACCUUUGACGUCUACACCAAGCUGUGGAAGUUUCAGCAGCAGCACAGGCAGGUCCUGGACAAUCGGUAUGGCCUGAAGAGAUGGCAGAUAGGGGAGGUGGCGUCCAAAAUAGGCCAGCUGUACUACCACUACUAUCUUCGUACCUCAGAAACAAGUUACCUGAAUGAGGCCUUCUCAUUCUACUCGGCCAUCCGUCAGCGGUCCUACUACUAUCAGGUCAACAAAGAGGAUAGGCCUGAGUUGGUAGUGAAGAAGCUUCGGUAUUAUGCCCGCUACAUAGUCGUCUGUUUACUUCUGAACAAGAUGGACCUAGUGAAGGUGCUGGUCAAGGAGCUGUCAGAGGAAAUCGAGGACUAUACCCAGCGAUUCAACACAGAAGAUCAGUUAGAAUGGAAUCUGGUCUUACAAGAGGUGGCAGCUUUUGUGGAGGCAGACCCAGUGGUGGUGCUGAACGAUGAAAAUACUGUGGUCUUCACAUCCAAUCGGCUACAGGAGGGGGGCGUGCCUCAGUUGGAACAGGGAAUGGUAGUUGGCCAGCUCACCCUGGCAGAUGCACUAAUCAUUGGAAACUGCAACAACCAGGUAAAAUUCAGUGAGCUAACCAUCGAUAUGUUCCGCAUACUCCAAGCUUUGGAGCGGGAACCAGUCAACCUGGCUACUACAACUUCUAAACCUGGAACAUUGGCCCUUACCCCAUGUCUUCCUUCACAGGAACCCAGCGAGAAGCCAGCCAAGAGAGAGAACCCUCACAAGUACCUGCUGUACAAGCCAACGUUCAGCCAGCUCUACACCUUCUUGUCUGCCUCCUUUAAGGAGUUGCCAGCGAACAGUGUGCUGCUCGUCUAUCUUUCAGCUACUGGAGUCUUCCCUACCGGACGCUUGGAUUAUGAGGGACCAUAUGACUUUGGAGGAGUUCUCACCAACACAAACCGUGAUGUGGUGAAUGGGGAGACUGUACAGAAAAGGAACCAAGCCCAAAAAGAGAUGCACUGCCUUCACCCUGGGGACUUGUUCCCUUUCACCCGGAAGCCUCUUUUUGUCAUUGUGGACUCUUCCAACAGCACAGCCUAUAAGAAUUUCACCAAUCUCUUUGGUCAGCCGCUGGUGUGCCUGCUAUCUCCCACAGUCUAUCCAAAGAGCAUGCAAGACCAGUCUCAGCGCGGCAGCCUCUUCACACUCUUCCUGUACUGCCCCCUUCUGGCCUUCCUGUCAGUGUGUGGCCUGAGCAGCCUGCGCCAAGGAUUGUGGGAGAAGGCUGAGGAGUUUCUACACAAGGUGUACCGUGACAUCGGCCAGAUGAUCACACGCUCACAAGCUAUAGACCAAGCCUUUCUACAGUUCUACGGUGAUGAGUUCCUCCGAUUGUUACUGAUCCGCUUUGUGUUUUGCUCGGCUACACUGAGACUGCACAAGCUCUUCCGGGAGUCCAGGAGCUUCCCGGAAUCGUACCCUCAGCUACCCAAACAGGACACGGUGGAGAGCAGCCUCCUGCAGAAGCACGUUCUGGAGCUGGCCGCCAUGUUGGAUGUGCGGAGCCUCUUUUGGGACGGAACGCUGGACGUGAACUACUAACCUUCAGCUGCCCAGCUAGUCACCACAACUAUACAAACACAGACCAACCACAGACACGCAGAUCACCGCUAUACACAUUCGCACAAGAGUCCUCAUCUUUCAGAGGUAAUUAAGUUACUGGUUGAACACACUGCAAUAGUGUCCGUUUCUUUUUAACCCAAGAUCCCCUUAUUUCCCCUACCUUAUCUACUUUACCCUAUCGGCUAUACUUAUUUUGAGUACAUUCAUACAGCUACUUGUGGAAGUCAACUAUGUACAAUGCAAACAUGAACAAGUUACCUAGCUACUUAUAUCCACAUGAGAUGAGCAUGUACUACCGUGUUGUUACUCAAAAAAAAGCACUCAAAUGAACACAUGGUGCAGCUAUUUUAGUCUGAGGGUGACAGGAGGACACAUGAAGCUAUCGAGGGCUUUAUAACACUUAAAAAGACAGAAAAUAAAUUAACAUAGUUUUACGACAGCACUGCCUGCAGUGGGUUCUAGAUGGAUGCUUCCAGCUAUCUGAACUACAAAUGAACUUCAAUGCAAGCUGUAGGGAAGUCUCCUCUUCUGUGCAUGGGUAGAUGUGUUGGCCAAGUUUACUGGAUGUAGGGUUUAGAGUGAGACUAACCUCCAUAUUUGUUUACCCAACUAGAUCUGCUGGUUUUAACACAUCUAAUUCUAAUGUAAUUGCCUGGAAGUUGCUUUUUUUGUUUCGUUUCAGUAGUCUGUUCUGUAAAACUGAGGCCUGGAUGGGUAAAGUAACAGAGUGCCUAUGCAGACCCUCAUGAACAGUUUAGCCCUGUUCAGAAACAACCACUUGCCCCUACCCUCUAGGCACCAGCUCUGACCUGUUUAGGUACCAGCUCCUAACAUCUAGGUACUAACAUACGGUGGCGAUGUCAGCGGCUCUGAAUGAUCUGCAAACAUAUCCGCUCAUUUAGUGCAGUGACUGAGCAAGCAGGAGGUCGCUAAUCUAUUUUCACUGUCUAUUACUCCUUGUAUCAGAGCAAGUUUUCGGACUGGGUUUACUGCGGGUAUAUGUUUAAGCACCCCGCAGGUACACAGCUGCCCAGCUCCUCACAGGCCAAUCAAAAUAGAUAAAUAGACACAUCUCUCCCAAUCUUCUGCUUUUCAAAGAUAUCACUUGAGGAACCAGGGUAACACUCCUUCUGGGGUGGAUCUUUUAAAAGAUUUAGCUUUGACCUUGAUUGGCAGCAUAUCAUUGGCUGCAUAUCUUUUGAGACAUUGUAGGGAUGGAAAAGGCCUCUCUAUGCUGUAGCCUAUAUGUUUUGGGGGUUGCAUCCCAUGGCAAUUAUAGUCUUACGUAUUCUCUCCUUAACCGGCUUUCUCCUGACCAGUUCUUUCAGACCAGUGGGGAUUAAGGAAAUUAGGUAAAGGGGGUAGAUUCUGAGAUUCACCCCUCCUGAUUCAAAAACCUAUGGUUUCUGGAAAAUGUAGGACUUUGAGAGGCCCUGUGUCAUUCAUUAUAACUAAGCCCCCAUUCCUCUGUUUUAGGCAUGAUGGUUUACUGGAGAGAGUUCAUGCUGCUGUUUCUCUUUCUUUGCAUGUCUGAUCAGUAUUCUUGUCCAGAGUUUACUCUGUCGAGUUCAUGUUAGUCUGUUUGCAGGUCAGUUCCAGCGUUAGCCGUCUAGCAAGUGCCCUGCAUGGCAGCAAGCGUCAUCUAAUUUCCUUAUAUAGAUGGGGGCUUGAAGCAAUGGAACCGGGUAGUGCUGAAACUGACUCCUGGCAACCAGUUUUAAGUACGUGUGUGUGGUGAUGAACAAAAAUAGCCAAAUUAUUUUGUUUUUUGUAUUUACUGAGAGGAAAAAAUGAAUUUCAAAAGUAAGAAAUCACCAUUUUAAAUGUAUAUUUAUGUUUAAUUGAAAAUAACAGUAUGUGAUACAGAGAGAUGUUUGGUCUUUAGUACGUAUGUCGAAUUGUUAAUUGUAGAAGCUGUGAAAAAUAUAUGCAGUUGGCACAGCAAUUUUAAUGAAUGAACUGCACAUUGUUCCCCCCAUCAGUUGUUUUGGUCAAAUUCAGCCAGCAUACAUUCCAAGGACAUGGAGAGAGUCGGGGAAACUGACACGGUUCUCCCCAUAGAAACAAACAAAAGUGGACCAUUUCAACAUGGGAAAUACUUCUCCCCAUGGCAAUUAUAAUAAUAUUUUGUUUAUUUGUUAAUAAUGAUGAUAAAAACAAUAGUAGCCUUGCACUUUACUGUAUUGAAUUAUGACCUAAUCUUAUUUGUCGUGCUGUCGGUAAAAAGGCAUGUCAGAGACCGUCCAAUCCAUUAUUCCCUAUGCCACCCUACGAUCAUUGUAAUACACAUUUAGAUAUUUGAUGUUUUUGUCAAUUACAAUGGACAAGAACACUGUCCAUAUUUUUUGUAAAAACCUUAAUUGUUGUGAUAUAUGAUGUUAUCUGUGUUAAUUCAUUAGAGCAUGUAUGUCUGUCCAUGUUUGGGAUGGCAGCACAGGGCAUGAUCAUCCAGAUCACACAAGACUAGCAUCCUAGCUCACUGGGAAGCACAAGUUAGUGCAACGAGCUACACUACCGUAGCUCAUCUUCUCUUCACUUAGGGGACCCACUUUCAUAGAAAUGUACAUCUACAAAGCCUCUGUGGACUGUUUCAUUCAAACUGCCUUUUGGUUUUAUCCAUUUUUUUUUUUAUUCAAGCACAUCAUGGACCGCGGCAUCAGUCCAAUUUUUAAUUGCCACCAUUUUUAUGGACCACUCCAAUUUCCAUAAGAGUUAUCACUGCCAAAACAAGUUGACGGAUGAGCUUUCAGGGGAAGGCCAUGAAGAAUUACUGUCCAGUUGAGCAUAUCACCCAUGUUUUCUUGGACUAUCCUUGAUUAAUGAAUUUACAAACAUGAUGAAGUCCUCAAGGGAAGAGGAAAAGACGGAGCACCCAUACUUAACUAAACCUGAUUCAAAAAGGUUGCAAGUUGACGCAUUGUGACCGUGUCAUAUCAUACACUGUGAAUUGUAUGCAGUAAAACCAUUUUGGGACAUGUUUUCCUGCUUUGUCUUUGGGCCUUUGUUUACAGCCCGUUGUAAUCUCGUGGUGACUUUACUCUCCUCCAUGUAGUGUGUUAUUGUGCAUUGUAGUUAGGAGCAAGAGGGGAACAAAAAGCACUCAUAUUCUUAUAGAAAAGUGUCAAAGCUUCCUGUGCAAACUGAAGUGAAGCUGCCCCUUUACCGUGUAUCCCCAUCCCAAAAUAGGUCUUACUAGUGAGGAUAGUACAGUAUAUGUAAAGUACAUAUGAUAUUUAUGCAUAAUGACAAAGCCCUAGACACCAUUUAUUUAUGUUAUAAUACCGGUAAACUUGUAAAUUGUGACAGGAUGUGACUGACCUCUUUCCCCUGUUGGCAUGUAGUUGAACCCCCAAAUAGGGUGAAAUGUUGAGAAACAAAGGAAUGUCCAUUCUAUAAAUUACGUAUCUAUUAUUUGAAAGUCAUGUCAAUUCUGUGCAAUACAUUUCUAUCUGCAAUGCUUUGAACGUUUCGCACCAUUUGGAUAAGCCCUAGAUGAGUAACACAAUGAUAUGGAACAAAAGUAUAUUUAAGUAUGAACAUUAAUUUCUUGGGCCUAAAUCUAAAAUGUUACUUUGAGAGUAAGGGUGUUCUUUCUACCGGUUCCUACUGUUGUGGGAGGGAACGAUUUCAAAGUGAUAUAUUGGUCGGAAUACUCUUUCUUUAUAAGUUAAGGGUUUCUAGAGAUGCUAGUUAAACAUUAUUUGGCAUUCUUUGUUUAUAUCCUUUAAACGGUUCUGUCCCAUUUGUUGCCAAUUAUAUUUGAUGUUAUUAAGUAUGAAGGAAAAAUAAGUUGACUAAAAUACCAAAACAUGCAAGCUUUUUUGAAUGCUUUAAGAAAAUUAAAAGUUUGACUGUUUUGUUUUAA